AUGGAAAAUGGGCUGAUAUACAUCACUCAGUUAUAUAUCUAUCUAUCUAUCUAUCUAUCUGAGUUUAUGCAUGUAUGUAUAUAUGCAUGUAUGUAUCUAGCUAUCUGUCUAUUUGAGUCUGGAAAUCUAUCUAUCUAUCUAUCUAGGCAUUUUGGGGCGACUCGUUUUGAAGUAACUCCUCUCUCUCUCUCUCACCUUAUCUUUUACCUUCUCUCUUUGAUUUAUAAACAACUACAAAAACAUUCCAUCUCGCCUCUCACUCUCUCUUUCUUUCUCACUCUCUCUCUCUUCAUUCUCCCUCGCUCUAUAUUUUUAACUACAUACGUUUAUAUCUAUCUUUCUUUCUCUAUCUCCCUUAAUUGUUAUAUAUGCAUUUAUUCUGUUGCUACCUUUUUCGAGGUAAUCCUCUCACGCAUUUCUCCCGGUCUCUCUGUAUUUCCCUGUCUCUGUCUCUUGUGCUCUCUCUCUCUCAAUCUCUCUCACUCAUCUCUCUCUCUCUCUCUCUCUCUCUCACUCUCUCAACUUGCCGGCAGUUUUAUUUCCUUACUCCCUUCAUACUCUUUCCAACUGACUACACCUCUCUUAAACAAACACCAAUACACCCACGCAUUUUCAUCGAAAUUUUAA